GUAGCUUGGGGAGCCAGGGCCACCUUCCAGAACGUUGGGGGGUGUGGGUGGGGCAAAAGUAUUUUCAAUCAUGUUUUCAGCGUCUUUUGGGGAACACUAGCAGUAGAGCUUUUCCUUAGCAAAUUUCUUCUUGAAGCCAGAGCGGAAAAUAAAAAUCGCAUACAGCCCUAUAUCCGGAGGACCGAGACUGCGACGAACAAUCAGGAAGCGACCGGGCCGGGAGCUGUCCCAGUUCUCAGCUUGCUCUCUAGGGCGCGUCCCGGGGUUCCUCAACACUGUGUUCCUCUGCCCGCCGUGGUCCGUACCUCGACCUAGGCUCCAGCCCGGACCAAUCACUCUGGGGCCGCCAUGUCGUCCGACUUCGAAGGCUACGAGCAGGACUUCGCGGUGCUCACUGCAGAGAUCACCAACAAGAUUGCGAGGGUCCCCCGCCUCCCGCCUGAUGAGAAGAAGCAGAUGGUUGCAAAUGUGGAGAAACAGCUCGAAGAAGCGAAGGAGCUGCUUGAACAGAUGGACUUGGAAGUCCGAGAGAUACCGCCCCAAAGUCGAGGAAUGUACAGCAGCAGAAUGAGAAGCUACAAGCAAGAAAUGGGAAAACUUGAAACAGAUUUUAAAAGGUCACGGAUCGCCUACAGUGACGAAGUACGGAAUGAGCUCCUAGGGGAUGAUGGGAAUUCCUCAGAGAACCAGUUGAUAAAAUUACGUGAAGAGAGGGCACAUCUGCUCGAUAACACAGGGAGGCUGGAAAGGGCAUCUCGGAGACUAGAGGCUGGAUACCAAAUAGCAGUGGAAACUGAGCAAAUUGGCCAGGAGAUGUUGGAAAACCUCAGUCAUGACAGAGAAAAGAUACAGCGAGCACGUGAAAGACUUCGAGAAACAGAUGCUAACUUGGGGAAAAGCUCCAGAGUUCUGACAGGGAUGUUGCGAAGAAUCAUCCAGAACCGCAUCCUGGUCGUCGUCCUGGCCAUCGUCCUGGUCGCUACCAUCCUGAUGGCAAUCACUUUUUCUGUGAGAAGACACUGAUGUAUCUGCUCUUCCUUGAGAAACAGCAGCAAUGACUUGUUCUGAGUAAUUAAGACAAAAUGGUCACAUGAAUCAUUCUUCUGUGCUGACAGGCCCUGAAUGACCCUCCCUCUCUCUCACCACCGUUCAGCUGAAGUGCAAAGAGUGUAAAAAUGUUUUCUAUUCCUGUUUGCAUGUGGUUUGGUUUCCUUUUCUAGGUUUGUCUUCGUCCAGAUUUGUUUUUUGUUUUUUAGAGAGAAAGGUGAAUGUUUAUUUGCCUUUUGGUAAUUUCACCUACUAACCAAAAUAGCCUUGGUGACAUCCUUCCUUGCCUGUGGACGUGUCAGGGGCCAUGGUUUGGGAAAGGGCGUGAUGAGUCAGUCACAGGGGCUUCUGAUGGACUGUGCUGGCUGUCACAUACCUUGUGUCAUCGAACUGCCCUUCUGUGAUGUCUGAAGAUAAAAAUGCAAAGAAAAGCAGGGGCCAGAACCAGUGACCAACUCCAGCAAACCAGCCCUGUUCCUGCCCAGGCAUAACGAAUACAGUCAACCUGCCUGAGGGCUUUCAUUGUAAAGGUGGGUAUUUAAUGUCCCUUGUGCGGGAAAUUGACUUAGCACUUUCUUUGUUUUUCUAUACAUAAUUUUUCUUACAUGCUAAGAAUAUUUUUGCUGAGCCUGCCUGAUACCUACUUUUCACAACUUUGAUACUGGCUACAGGAAAUAUUUCCUUACCUUCCAAAAAUUCCAGAGUCCCCAGAAUUUGCUGGCAAAGUGUGCCCGGGCAUGGUAUUUAAUUGUGACCUCCUCCCCAAGACCUAUGUAAGCAUUCCUGUGUCCUUUCGGUUUUAGUAUUUGCACUGCCAAACGCAGCCCUCAUACAUGCAGAAGGCCUGACAGGGUUCUCCCCACACCCAUUCUGGUCUGUAGAGAGAACAUGAAUAUUUCAGGGAGAGCAAGAACGUGACUCAGUCAGUGUGAAAUUUCAAAUGUGAUUAUAAAUAUGGUAGAAUCAGUGCUAGAAAAUGAGCCACAAGAAAUAAACUUUGUGGAAAAUGUUCACUAACCUCCUUUCAAAAAAGAAGGGACUGCAGUGUGUUACAAAAGGACAGUUUUUACUAACAAACGUUGGUGCAGCCUUCGUGAAUUCACUGUGUAUUCAAACCUCUAACCUGCUUUGUGAUUUUCUUUGGUUUCUUUCUGUCUAAGGUAACCAGGAAUUGUGUUCAAAAUGAAUUCGCUUAUCAUCAGGCUUAAAGGUGCCCAAGCUGAGGUCACUUUCCCCCUAGUCAUAAAGCAAGUGUGUUCUUCUUAAGACUUCAUAGACACUUACAGGGUCUGUGCUAUCUUUUGAAUACAGUUAGAAUCUCUGAAUCCCUGAAAAGCAGACCUGUUCCCUUCAUUAAUAAUGCUAACCACCCGUGCCCACGGGUUGAGAUCACGUGGAUGGAUGCAGCAUGGCAAAAUCCACCGGAGAAAUUGUACUUAUCGCAACAGGCCAGGGCCUGAUGUCUUCAGUUAAAUCAUUUAGUACUGUGUGAAUAAAGCUGCAGCCUUUAUUUCUCAGGGAUGGUUUGGGAUUUUGGCAGAGAGAAGAAGCGCAGUGAAGGAAUAAGAAGGCUGGGCUCAUUUUCCUAUCAGCUUAAAGGAUCUAGCUCAGCAAGAAGCUUUUAGUCUGAUAAUGCAAUUCUGCACAUGCUAAACACACCUAAGAAACCAUUAAAAAGCAAGGAAACAAACAACCUCCUUCUCAUUCUGAAACACUAAUGGUGGGGAAGAAUUAUACCAAACUCUGUGGUGGCUUCCUUCGAAACGGUUCAUCUUAGCUAGAAUGUAUAACCAGUUAGCCAGCUACACCUCAUGCCUCCAGACCCUUCCCAAGGGUUGAUCUGAUCAUCUAACCUUGCUGGCUUCUAAAUAUUUCACUAAAACCUUGCAUAUAUGUUGAAAUACAUGAAUGAGGAGGGAGCACAUUGCUCACCUCCCAAUGGCUUUAUCUUUCCAGUUCUCUUUUGCAGCUCUUGUCUCAGAUUUUGCCCCAGUUCAGCCUUGAGAGUGGGAGGAAUGUGAACAGAUUACCCUUAGCCUAACAGCCCCCUCAGACCCACCUCGGGAGUGAACCCCUGGACUGGGGUCGUGAGCGCUUCGUAGACAGUGGUCCAAAGUCCCCGGAACCCCUGCCUGGCCCUCCUGGGGAGCUCCGAGGAAGACAGAUUGUCCUCCCUCCUUCCCUGCCCCUCUGGGGAAGGAAGAGAACCCACAGAUUUGAAGCAGGGCAUGGAUCUGGGAAAGGAUCUAAGAACUUAAUAUGUAGACUUCGAUAGAUGAAUAUUUCUAAAGUUGGGAGCCUUUGUUCAAAAUGAUGUUGGAGGGGGGCAGGGGAUAAGGAGAAAGAUGGGGAGGAAGCCCUCACCAUAUAAAAUUCAUAGAGACUCAACAGUUUCCCUGACGGAAUAAAUAAAGCUGAUGCCACCGUGCUCCAGAAUCAAAAGCAAUUUAAUUAAAGUCUCUUAAGUUGUAAAGAGUUUUUAAAUGUUCCACGUUGAAGGUGAACGCGUGCAAAUGCAGUGGGCUUGACGUCAGCCGCCAGGCCUGGGCUGGGAGGCCAUUUGCUAUUCUGUUUAAGGCAGGCUGGAUUGUCUUAUUUUGGAACCAGCUUGGUGGGGGGUUUGCUUUGCCACUGCUUCUGAGCCCUGAGCUUCAAAGGCUGAAAUUAAUGGUGAACAAAAUUGUACGGCUCUGGCCGUCCCAUGCGGGGCAAGCCCAUUGAGGGUUAUCAUUAAGUAAAGAAAUAAAGAGGGGGAAGAAAGCCUGCCUGCUCCAAAAACCUCAUCAGAUAAUGACCUCAGUGAUUGGAUUUUCAUUACCAAACAGCAUCCAGAGAUUAUCUACCCCAUAGAAGAAGGGAGGGGGGUAUGAAGAAAGAAAGGAAAGCAACUGUCUUUCUCUCCCUCCCUUUCUCCUUUUCUUUUUUUUUGCACAUCUUUUCUUUAAAACUGUCAGAUCAUUUCGGUAUUUCAAAUCCGAGGAAAACAGCCUGCCUGCUGCUGUAUUUGAAGUUGUAAUGGUGUCAAAAAGUCACGACUGACUGACAGCCGUCAGUCCCAGAGGGGCUCAUUAAAUCAUAAAAACUUGACAAGGAAAUAAUCGCGCAUCGCCAGCAACUUGGCGCCUGUUUAGACGUUUUUAUUUUCUUUCAUUAUUAGUCCCCACCAUUACGUCCGUUAACAAAUUGCAUUAAACAACUGUUAAGGGCUAA